AUGUCUGAGUUACCACCAAUGACAAAGACAAUUGAUUUGUCUUUUAACUAUAAUGGAAUUGAUACAAUUUUUAGAAUUACAAAUUUUCAAGGAAGAAAAUUAAUUGUCUUGUCAAAUUUAGGUAAAAUAGGUCAUAUUAUUGAGGUAUUCUUUCCAAAAAUGAUUGGGAUGUUGGAACAAAGAUCAAAUUUGAGAUGUGAUUAUGAAUGUAAACUUAUUCUUGGAACUGAUUGUUCAGAUUUUGAUUUAAUGAUCAAAAGAAUGGCUAUGGUUUAUCAUGAGUAUGGUUUUGAUGAUAAUAUUAUCCUUUAUCUAGGUUUACAACAAUUCGACAUUGAAUUUUGUAAGAAAGUUGUUGAAAUUUUUACUCAAUACUUAGAAUCAAUACGCCCUAAUCAACGUUACAUCCAACCUAAUUCAUAUCAUAAAAAUAUGACAAAACAAUUACAAGACUUGUCUUUUGAUAAUAAUUAA